CUCCCGUUACUCUCGAAAAAUUCAAACAGAGAAAUGGAGGGAAAGUUGUCUUCCUCGUUUUAGUUCUUGAAAGAUCUUACGGAGCCCAAACUUUCUGGAAUUUGUUUCUGCAACUAUCACCUCAGUUUGAUUCUUCCAAUGGCGGAAAUACUAAGCCCUAAUCCUUCCGUCGUGCAGAAGCAGAGGCGUCCGAUGGCCACUCAGAUACAAUCUCCGACGAGCCCCUUCUUCCUCGGCUCCAACGACGACCAACUUGAGCGCGCUCAAGCGCGGGCGGCACGCGCUGCAGCAAAUCGCCGCAAGUCCAUUGCUACCAGUCUGCUACCUCGUGAAAACCCCAAUGUAUGCCUCGACAAGCGGCAGAUCCUUGAAUUAUUCCAAAAUUGCAUCAAACUUGCUAGUGAAAAUAAAAUUAAUCAAAAAAAUACAUGGGAGCUGAAUUUAAUUGAUCAUCUUACUGAGCUUAUUAAGGUCGAAGAAGAGGACACGGAGACAAAUUUUCAGAAGGCAAGCUGUACUCUUGAAGCUGGAGUUAAGAUCUACUCAUUAAGGGUGGAUUCCGUUCAUUCAGAGGCAUAUAAAGUCCUUGGAGGGAUGAACAGGGCCGGCCAAGAAGAUGAUCAAGAAACUAUCAUGCAGGAUGGAAAUCUAGAAAGUGAGCAGGAGGGAGUUCAUUCAAAAAAGGAGCAGGAUAAAAAGUUAUCUCCUUUGUCAACGCUGGAGUCAUCUUUUGAGGCUCUAAAUGUGAAGAAAUUUGAUGUGGCAUUUGCAGUGGAUCCUCUUUAUCAUCAGACAUCUGCUCAAUUUGAUGAGGGUGGAGCCAAGGGUCUGUUAAUGAAUAAUCUUGGAGUAUAUGGUGCGUGUAGGGUGCUCUUCGAUUCAGAGGAAGUGCCUGGGAAAUGUAUGUCUUGCGAAAAUAGACACGAUAGCUCUGAUAUGAUUGAUAUCUCUUUCGCCAGAGACUGCAUCGAGGAGAUGGUAUUGAAUAUGCGAGUGAAGGAUGAAAUUUCGCCAACUCUAAGGAAUAUAGUCAACCUAUUUGAUGAAGAUAACAGACGACCUUCAGAUUACUGUAGUUCAGGUCUGAAAGGAGCCGAGAAAGUUCAUAUGGAUUAUGAUGUAGACGACAGGUUUGAUGGCGACAAUUUUGAUAACUUUGGUACUACAAAUUACGAUAAUGAUGACCAAACAAGCAUGGUUGAUGAUGGACCAGGUGGGGGAAGUGCAGGUUUUCCAACUUACCACGAGGAAAGUGUGUCGUCUACUUACCGUGACCCUGAUGCUGAGGAAAGAUUGGGGAAAGUUGAUGAGUAUUUGAUUUCAUGUUUGGGUCUUACUGCAAGACAGAAUGCUUGGGCAGGCCCUGAACAUUGGAAGUAUCGUAAAACUAAAGGUUCUAGUGAUAGUCCUACAGAAAACGGAUCACAAACGACAACCAAGAGAGCAAGAACUAAGAAACAAGCAGAAAAUGAUAUUGAUUUCACAAAAUCCUUGGAUAAAGAAGUUUCAGAUCUAUUUGCACCUCCAAGAAACCCCAAAGCGUUGUUGUUGUCUAAGAAUAGAGCACCUUGCAAUACUAAGCUUCCUGAAGACUGCCACUACCAGCCUGAAGAUCUUGUGAAGUUAUUUCUUUUGCCUAAUGUAAAGUGCCUUAGGAGGAGGGGAAGACAGCUAUCAGAUGAACCAACGCAGCAUAACGAUGAUUAUGGAACAUCGCCAUCCUGGGAAGAUGAGAAUGUAUUUGGUGGCCAAUACGAUGAAGGUGAUGGUCAUAGUGAUGUGGAGGACUCUGAUGCACUCGUUACUCAGCCUCGUCAGGUUAACAAAAUUGAAGUUCAAUACGACAAAACAUCAAAGCAAGUUGAUGUCCAGGCAUUGAAAGAAACACUCUGGUCUCAUUUACAAGAAUCUCAAACGGAUGCUCAGGGUGAAGAUGAGUCGGUAUCUUUCAAGCAAAUCCUUGCCACCUUUCCAAAUGAAUGCAGAGCUGCUCAAACCAUCAAUGAUAUCUCGCCCCAUUUGUGUUUUAUAUGCCUAUUACAUUUAGCUAACGAGCAUGGGUUAAGUAUAAAUGGCUCUGACAACUUGGAUGAUCUCACCAUUCACUUAGCUCGUUAAUAUUGAUGUAUAAUACCUGUGAAAUUCCUUACCCCUUAGUUUUCCUAAAGUUGUAAUUUCUCACUGUAUUUUGUACCGACUUCACAUUUUCUCUAGCUGUUGCUAUUGUUGGUGCCAUUUAACAAGAAUAUAUUGCUGAGAAAUUUGAU